CCCUCUCCACAGCCUCCCCCAUUCUCACUCUCUCCCCCAUUCAGCCUGCACCCCUCCCAUGCACAUGUACUAGCUGGAGACAGGAGACAGAAGGGGAGGAGGAUGAAAAUGAUGAUGAGGAUCCCAGAAAGGGUAUGAUGGAGUUUGAAAUGUGUGUUGUUCUGACCAAGUUGUGGCGCGGAAGUUUUGGGUUCACCAUCACACGCAGCAAACUGGAUGCCUGCUACUACAUCCAGGACAUACUAGACAACCCUGCUAAGACUGACGGACGGCUCAGACCAGGGGACAGACUAGUCACGGUCAAUGGCCAGGAUGUGACAAACGUGACAGAUGAGGUUGCCAUGUCGAUCCUGAGGUCAUCUCCUAGGAGGCUGAGUAUGACUCUGGGGAGGGCAGUGACCAACCUGAUAGCUCCACCUCCAGACAAUCUGCAAGACAUCAUUCUACACAAGACACCUACUGGACAGCUUGGUAUAAAGCUGACAGGUGGUAUAGGCAGCAAGAGGCAGGGGAUCUACUGUCUGGAGGUGGUUCCUGGUUCACCUGCCUGUGAGGAAGGCAGCGUCCAACCAAACGACAGGAUCCUGUACAUCUGUGGCCGAUGCACCAUGGGAAUGACUUUGGAGGAUGCUGUCAAGGCCUGCGAGAACGCUCCACGCAAAGUGAAACUCAAGGCCACCAGAGAUGAUCAGCCUGUGACGCCCAAAGCCAAGAGGAAUGGUCUCAGUGACCUGAGAGAGUGGAAGAAGGAGAAGGAAUGGAAGUAUUUCACUCAUUUUGAGGAACCUGUCUCUCCUGUGCCAGAGACACCUACUGAGCAGGCUAAAGCCGUGACCGAGACCACUGGGAAAUUCAGAUCACGUCUCUCUGUCACCUCAGGUCAAGAUAGCUGUAUCUUGCAGAUAGAUGUCUAUAAGCCAGAGGGAGGGUGGCUGGGCUUUGCUCUGAUUGGAGGAUGCAAUGGGAGCGUGCUCAGAGUGAAGAAGAUCUGCACUGGAGGCGUGGCCCACCAAGACGGGCGGCUCAGAGUGGGAGACAUACUGCUCGAGGUGAAUGGGAUAAUAGUAUCAGGUCUGAGCCACAGUAAGGUGGUGGAUAUCCUCCGUAAGGUAAAGGGAAACGUCCAGCUCAACAUCUGUAGAGACAUCAUACGACGGGCCAAUACAGCACCCUGCACUGAUGGUUUCUUCUAUAUGGCCUCUUGCCCUAGAGACAACAUGGCCGCCUGCCCUGGGUCAAAUACGGCCUCCUAUCCUGGAUCAGGAUCCAAUAUGGCCUCUUGUCUUGGAUCAAAUAUGGCCCCUUGUACUGGAUCCAAUAUGGCCUCCUGUCCUGGAUCAAAUAUUUUCCCUUGUCCUGGGUCAAAUAUGAUGACCUGCCAAGGAGUCAACAUGGGGGAUAAAGCAGAGCUUGUCUCUAAACCUGCUGCCUGCUCCUUACCUGAUGUCAAGCAGGAGGACCUUCCCCCUGAGUUGACUUCAGACCCAGUACCUUAUGUAGAGGAGGAUGCCCCCCUUUCUCCCCCCCACCUCUCUCCUACCCAUCAUCCCGCACACCGCCUGCAGGCCCUGACAGAAGGCAUGGCUGGACAGGAGAGCUGUACCAGUAUACCCUCUCAUCCGGCUUGUUGCCUGUCUAGCAAGAGUGUGGCUAACUUGCUGCAUGAAGCCUCUGACAGGAACCAAAUCUCUGUGACGACAUUGGGCGAACCCAUCACAGGCAGCAAGAACAGCCAAUCAGACGGCUGGAGCAGCGUGGAUGAGGAUGAUGGGGCGUUUGAAGCUAAUGGUCAGGAGACGAUGUCACCUUCCUCAGGCCCACCUAUAGUUUCAGAAGAAGAGUUGGCCAGCCUAGCCAUGAUCAGUCCAGCUAAAACCAGUCAAUACUCUGGGCCCAGAGUGAAAGCCCUGAUACAGAUACUACAACAUCAACUAGACCAGCAAGAACUGGUCCGAGAGUUCAUGGCCUUGGAGCAUCUACAGCCAUUUGAUAACUGUCUGGUGGGGAAAGCUCCUGAGAACCGGGAGAAGAACCUCUACCGGGACAUCCUGCCCUAUGAUAAGGCGCGUGUUCUAGUAGGUGAUAACCAGGACUAUAUUAACGCCAGUUAUAUCCGUAUGGAGGUUGGCAGUGAGGAGUUAUUCUAUAUCUCCUGCCAGGGUCCUCUGCCCUCCACCGUGCCUGACUUCUGGCAGAUGGUCUGGGAGAACAGGUCUGAUGUGAUAGCCAUGAUGACCCAGGAUGUGGAGAGAGGCAGGGUGAAGUGUCACUGCUACUGGCCAAAGAAGGUUAGCUGUCCCCUGGACACGGGACGCUUCCAUCUCAGCCUGGAGAACCAGCAGAUCCAGGAAUACUUCCACAUCAAGAUUAUCCGCAUGGUGGAGAAAGAGUCUGGUAAGACCCACUUUGUCCGUCACCUGAAGUUUACCCGUUGGCCUGAUCACGGUGUGCCGCAGUGUUCAGAGCAGCUGGUCAGGUUUAUCCGUUACCUCCGAGCGGUCCACCAUAAAGGACCUGUCACUGUACACUGUAGUGCUGGAAUAGGACAAACAGGAGUACUGAUCUGCACCGAUGUCAUACUGAGUCUCAUAGAAUACGAUCUCCCGAUCAAGGUCAGUAGCAUUGUUAGGGAGAUGAGACUGCAGCGAUAUGGCAUGAUUCAGACCAAGGAACAGUACCUGUUCUGCUACAAGGUAUGGUUGGAGGUUCUACAGGGCAUCCUGCAGCUGCAUGGUAACCGAUGGUAUCCUGAGAGCCCCCGCAAAUUGCAACCCGAGAGCCCCCUGCAAACUUAUGGGCCCUCACAAACACAGUAACCGAUUGCAACCCGAGGACCCCCAUGAAGAUAACCAAUUUGUUUAACCAGUUACUUCCCCCCUUCCCAAAGAAGAUACCUUAUCAGAUGUGUAAUAUUUGAAUAGUUGACUGUGUAAGUUCUACAUUUGUUAGCAGUUGAUUUUGUUAUGAGCACUGUAAGUAUGUGUUUUAACCAACUACUUUAUUUGUUGUCAUGCCUAACAUGACUAUUAACAGUUGGCUACAGCACAUAUAGAUGGAAGACCAGGCUAUGUUUCUGCAGUGUUUUGAUAUUUGGGUUAUGCAUUUAUUGAUGGAGGUAGACAUUCUUACUGUUGGUUCUUUCUGUGUUCUCAAACUGUGAUUAUAGUAUUUAAAAAUUGUGAAAUAAGUGCAUGUUAAUCAUUUAUUCAUUCUGUCCAUGACUGAAACCAAAAGUGAAUAGAAUCAAGUGGCUUGGAAAGACUUGCAGUUUUAUGUGACACUGAUUAAUAAUCCAGGUUUCUGGGGGUGACUCCAAACAUGCGAGUGCUAAGAGACUCAUAUUUUUGUUUGUUUCACCCCCAGAAACCUGGAAACCAGGUUUGAUUGAACAGGAACCUCAGUACAAAUGCUCUGUGUGAUUCUGUAAGGAAUGUCUGCCCGAUACUGUUUUUGUUCGAAUCUUGUUGUCCCAAAACUCUGAUUCACUGUGUGAAUGUUGCAGCACAGUAGUGAAACUCUAUUCAAUUUGCAGUCUAAUCUCUAUGACCACUGAACAAGAGCUUGAAGUUUGAAAUAUAAUGGGGGUCAAAUGCACAAAAUCAUUGUACAGUAACAUCACCAUUGUAGUUGCAGUUUCAGUAGCAUGAUAAUUAUACCUCACUGUAACAUUCACUACCAGUACAGUAUAGCCUCGGUCUGAUUACUGAUCCUCCUAUUACCUUGGACCGUCAAAUAAAAGUUGUUCUGAAAUACU